AUGGCCGAACAUCUUGUCAAUUAUGGAUUUAUGCCAGACUAUACCUGGUGGAUCUUUCACGGUGAAGCCCAUCGUAUGAGGGACGAGGUCGUGAGGCAACGCAUCGAUGAAUGUGAUGCUGCUGGUGGGAUUGGAGACAUGUUAGGCGACUAUGAGGAGGCACAUUUCGGUGAAGGACCGCAGGAGGAGGAGCCAGAGGCAAACACAAAGGCGUUUUAUGAGAUGUUGGAGGUGACACGGAAACCUCUUCACGGCCAAACAAAGGUUUCUCAGCUGGACGGCAUUGGACGCCUUAUGGCCUUGAAGUCCCAGUUUGGCCUGGGUCGAGACGCCUUUGAUAGUAUGUUGACCGUUUUUGGCAGCAUGCUUCCGGAAGAUCACAUUCUGCCCAAGACAAUGUAUCAGGCGAUGAAAAUCCUUGGUGCACUGAAAUUGCCAUAUGAGCAGAUACAUUCUUGUCUGAAUGGGUGCAUCUUAUUUAGGAAAGAGCACGAGGCUGAAACUUACUGUCCAAAAUGCAAAGCCUCAAGGUUCUUGGAGGUGGAUGCUGGUGACGAGGAUCCAAAGACUCUAUAUGACCGAGGAAACCAUGAAACAGAUGACAUGGCACAAAAAGGUGUUCGAUACAAUCCUGAUAAGAUGGUGCAUCCCUCCGACGGUGAGUCCUGGACUCAUUUUGAUGAGAUUCAUCGUGAGAAAGCUGAAGAAGCUCGUAAUGUACGUGUUACACUGGCAACUGAUGGAUUCAAUCCUUAUGGUAUGAUGGCUGCAUCAUACUCAUGUUGGCCCGUGUUCGUUAUCCCCUUGAAUCUCCCCCUCCCCGGCGUUCUCUUUCAACGACAUACCAUAUUUGUGUCAUUGAUUAUUUCUGAGCACCUAGGGAAUAAAAUGAGUGUUUACAUAGAGCCUCUAAUCGAUGAGUUGAUCAAAGCAUGGGAGGAGGGGGUGUGGACGUACGACCGAGCGACAAAGACAAACUUCAGAAUGUAUGUGUGGUACCACUACUCCCUGCAUGACCUCCCGACGUAUGGCAUUUUCUGCGGAUGGUGUACUCAUGGAAAGUUUCUAUGCCCAACAUGCAAGGCUACUCUACAGUUCAUUUCGUUGAGAAUGGGGGGCAAGUAUUCGUCGUUUGAUAAACAUCGACAAUUCCUUCCUGCUGACCAUCCAUUUAGAAGAGACAUUAAGAACUUCACGAAAGGUGUCGUAGUUACAGAACCUGCACCGCAGAUGCUGAUGGGUGUCGUGCUUCAUGCUCAGAUAGAUGCUCUCCAGGUCAAUGAUGCAGGUGGUUUUGUGGGAUAUGGCGAAAAACAUUCUUGGACUCAGAUCUCUGGCUUGUGGAGGCUUCCCUAUACUAAUGAUCUUCUCCUUCCACACAACAUUGAUGUCAUGCACAUUGAAAAGAAUUGGGGCAAGGCUCUUUUUUGGAACUGUCAUGGACAUCCCUAA